GCAGGGUGGGCGGGGACAAUACCUCAGCCAAUCAUAAUGCGAGAGGAACGCAGCCGCUAUUGACGUCAUUCCCGGUCCGGUCCAAUCGGAGGUGACUAGGCCCGAGAGCUAGUUGAGUGAAGUCCUAAGGAAAGGCGAGCGAGCGGUGGCGACAGCGCAGUAUAUCGCGAUAGACGCCCCUAUCGUGUGUGGGUGGGGCCUGGGACCACAUCGCCACCCCUUCGUUGCCAGGUUGUGAAUUAAUCCAGAAGUGUGCGGCUCGGACUCGGCCUGAACCUCCGCUCCCCCCCCCCCCCCCUCCCAGUGUCAUCAGCCACAUGGAUUACCAAGGGAUUACUGCAAGGAGGGAGACGGACUAAUAAGGGGAGGGGGCAAAGGGCUGCAAGACAUUGUAUGCUCCCCUCACUCUGGAGAUUUGGAGGAGGGGAGGCUUUCACUCUCAGAGCCCCCCGAAUUAUUAGGCUGGACUAUGUGGGGCCAUCUGUGAUAGCCUCUGAUUCUCCCAUUGCCUCGGAGUGCUGCGUGGGGAUAUGCUGUACCCCCUAGUCCCAUCCUCCCAUCCUCACGAUGCCUGCAGGAACUGUCAAUUCAUUCAAACCCAGCAAGUACAUCCCUGUGGCCGCAGCGACCGUGUUCCUCGUGGGAUCCACCACACUUUUCUUCGCUUUCACGUGCCCGUGGCUGAACGUGGAGGUGUCCCCGGCUCUUCCUGCCUAUAAUGCCGUCAUGUUCCUCUUUGUUUUGGCCAAUUUCAGCAUGGCCACAUUCAUGGACCCUGGAAUAUUUCCCCGAGCGGAAGAGGAUGAAGAUAAGGAGGAUGAUUUCCGGGCGCCCUUAUAUAAGACGGUGGAGGUGAGAGGCGUCCAGGUCCGCAUGAAGUGGUGCUCCACCUGCCGCUUCUACAGACCUCCGCGCUGUUCACACUGCAGCGUGUGCGACAACUGUGUAGAGGAGUUCGAUCACCAUUGUCCCUGGGUAAACAAUUGCAUCGGACGCAGGAAUUACCGCUACUUCUUCCUCUUUCUGGUGUCCCUGACGUUGCACAUUAUGAGCGUCUUUAUUUGUGGCCUUUUUUACACGUUAGGACAUCCCGACCAGCUCCGAGACAUCCCGGCGGUCAUCACUAUUUCAGUCAUGUGCGUUGCGGGCCUGUUUUUCUUCCCCGUUGCUGGUCUCACAGGGUUCCAUAUUGUCCUGGUUUCCCGCGGUCGCACCACCAAUGAGCAGGUCACUGGGAAGUUCCGAGGAGGAGUCAAUCCUUUUAGCAAUGGAUGUUGUCGAAACGUGAGCCACGUACUAUGUAGUUCUCCACCUCCCAG